UGUCCGUUAAAACCGUUGGAUCCACCGCCGCCGAGUGCUUUCGACGGCGGAUCUCGAAUCCCACGCAGCUCCCGUCCCAUCAUCUCCAAGGAAACGCCACGGCUCUGCUCUCAUCAGCAGCUUCGCACCUUUCUUCCCACGACCAGGAAACCCGGAGAGAGAGAGGCGGCGGCGAUGUCGUUUUGCUCGUCCCUGUCGUCACCGCCCGCGCAGCCCUUCUCCCCCUUCUCCAAGCUCAGGGUCUCCAGCGGCGACCACCGGCACCCGGCGGCAGUCCCCGCGGGCCCGCGCUUCAGGGCCUCCGCCGACGUUCCCGACUUCCUCUCCGCCGAUUGGCUUGAAUCUCGGAAGAAGAAACCUUUUGGGCCAAGACUAAAUUUUAGUGCAGAGGAAGCUGUGCAGCACCAGCUUGAUGCGUUGAAGUACAAUGACCAACCCCGACAAGAUUAUGGCAUUGAGGUUAUGUACAGGUUUGCUGGUUUCGAUCCUUUUGAAAGGUCGCCUUAUUUCGGACCCUUCUUCGACCUGGGGCAGUUUGAGCGGUUUAGGCGUAUCUUUCACCAUUCCACUUACCGAGUUCUACUUGGUCACAAAGACAGGAAGAUCUUGAGCAGCCUAUUGGUGAAAGAGAAUCGAUUUAAGCAGAGGGUAUGGAUACAAGGAUCACGCCCUGAAGAGGAAGAAACAUUUGAAUUUACCUUGGUUCAGAGGGUUGGUGGUUCUUGGGACGGUUAUUGGCUGACAGAGUCUCUGCUUCACGAUGGAGACGCCUUUUCUGGUGGUUUGGCUUACUGAUUGGGGUGUGCCUCCUACGAUGUAUACAAAAAGUACAUAUAAGCAUAACUCCAAGAUAACACAUGGACGGUGUCUCUGCCUUCAUAAUAUGUACAUAAUACGUAAGUAGUAAAAUGAAUGUCCAAUGUCAGAGAAGCUUUGGCCGGGGGUCAGAUUGUAAAUAAAAACCUUCAAUUAGUGGUAAUGCUAGCUUUUGCUUUCAA